AUGUCGUCGGCGGAUCCUCGGACCGGCGAGCCGUCGUCGUCGCGGCGGAGGUCCGGGGACGGGGUCUGGCCGGAGCCCUUCGUGGAGGCGCUGGCGGUGCAGGUGGCGAUCGACGCCAGCAAAACAGGAGGGAGGCUCUCCGUUGCUCCCGCCGUCGUCGCCGUCUUCCAGGUAUCGCUCCUCCGUGGCCUCUCGACUGCCGGCUGCCUUUCCCUCUCCCAUCCGUCAUCUUAAUCUAGAGUCGUAGUAUUUAUCUCUGACAUGCCUAGCCGUGGAUGAUUCUCCAUCCUCUGCAUUUUCCUGUUGGAAUAGUUUGCUAGAGGAAUGAAUUUCUCCGACCUACGUCAACGGGACUAUAUAAGCACCUUCGAACCAAAAAAAGAAAAUAAAGAGAAUGAGAACGAAAUAGAUGGGAAUAACGCAAACACGAUCAUAGCGCAUGGCGCGGUGGCUGGACGUGGAUGGGUUGCUUCGAUCGAGAGGACCAAAUCGGAUCGUUUAUCUGUUCUCUACUUUCCCAUUUUCUUUCUUGUUCCUUUUCGUUCCUCUCUUAUCGAUUAUAGGUAAAAGUUUCCUCUCAUUUUAGCUAUUCUAGGUCGUAUAGCGUGCUUUCUUUAUCUUGUUACAUUCCCUGCGCCUGCCGAUUUUAUCAGAUCUCUGUUUCACUCCCUCCCUGUCUGUCUCUUCCUCCAUCUGUCUCUCCUUCUCUCUCUCUCUCUCCCCUGCCCUCCUUGCCCUAAGGUGGCUCCCUAGGUGUCAGUCCCCUCUGCCCUCUACAGAAUAACCUGUGUCCUCCACGCAGCCGAACUUAAGCCGGAGAAGACAAAGACAGUCGAAUUUGGGCUGCCCGCUUUACUGAUGUGAAGCGAAAAACACAAGUUCGCCUCUCGGUUUGAUCAUCCCCGCACAGUGGUCCUACUGUGGUUAUCGUUUAUCUGUGCUCACUCUCCGUAAGUCUGCAGUUGGCAUUACUUCCCUCUGCUCUUUUGUCUCUCUCCUCUCUCGCUCUCUCUCUCUCACGCUGUUCGGCCUGACAAGCUCGAGCCGAUGCGUCCUAUUAUCGGUUGAGCCUCUCUUUCUAUUGGAUUCUGCCUAAGUUCAAACUGCAUCUGACCGAUCGCUAUCGCGGGGUUCCAUCUCUCUUCUUCAAUUUUCCCUGGCAUUUAGAAGGUUAAUGGCGUGGAAAGAUGCACAAGGGAAUGCAACUGCCUUGGCACGGACAGCAGCAGAAGGUGCCUGGAUAGAUAGAAAUUCAUUCCAGUGCCAGACUCACUGCCCCAGCGACGCGAUAUCAGCUGCCAGCCCUGCUCCCCCUAACCUCUUCCGGCAUUACAGUUCUCCCAGCGUCCCUCUCCCUCCGAUUCUCUGUCUUCCUCCAUUUUUUUAUUGGCUUCUGAUCUGCGGUGCGUCAGGCCUACGCUGCAACGACCGAUAACUACUGUCCGUAGGUAGGACUCAGAGCUUGUCUCCCGUGGAAAAUGGAUGGUCUCGACCAUCUUACCUUCUAAUUUCAUUAACUCUCCUUCCUGAGGUCCAUCGUAGGCUAGCUUGGCUGCAUGCCCUCACGCCCCUCAAGGAACCUGAAACGGGCAACGCAAACAGCUACAGGAGUGAAACAACGUGAGCUCUCUCGAGCCUCACGUCCUCUGAAUCUCUUUGAUGCUCCACUCCUUUCAAUCCUGGAGCCAACUGUAGCCUUCCACCCGUCUGUAGCCGUGGUGGAGGGGAGCUCUGGGGAUUGAAAGCAGGGUCUGCUUGCUUAGCUGUGUACUUCUGGGUAGUUCCGUAGGGAGUAUCAGGUUAGCGGUUUGACAAUCUGACGGUGCCCUGGGGGGUUGGGUAUGGUACCAUUCCAUCAUCAGGAAGACCACUCCAAGUUGUUUUCUGAUUUCUUGAUCAACGAGCGAGGAUUCUCUAGAAUAAACAAACACCCGGGGUCAGCAUCUCCUGCUGAUUAUAAAUACACCUGCCCGGUGGUGACCUGUUUGUCACUCUCGGGGAGGCUUUGGGUGAGAUUCCUCGGAACUCGACGUGUUGGCGAAGCUGGGGACGGGAUCCGCCGUUCUUGCCGGCUAUGCGGGUAGACCCCCACCGCUUCCGCGACCCCACCGCACCCCUUCUCUUGGACCUAGUUUUUUUAAUACCCGCUCCCCUGGAUCAGAUCACAUCACGACUUCGCAUCCAACCUCCAACGCCCACGCCCAUCUUCGCCUGUCCCUCCAAUCUGCCACUCCUCUUCCGCUCUUGGGGUCUUCCGAUUGCCUCCAUCUUCGUUGCUGCGAGUUUUAAAAUCCCCCGUCUGUGGCCAUUCGGUCACGUGUGGAAGAUCGUCUAGUUUUUUAAGUUUCUCAUCUCGAUCGUUUAAUUUAUUGUCGUCAUCUAGCCCUACUCCUAUAGGAUGCGAUGAUCUUUAACAACACUCAGCCCCUCUUUGUCCCCCCAGUCAUUCCUAAACUCUCAGCCCUACUUUUAGGGAUUAAGACGACCCAUUGUCGAUCAGAUUCCAGAGUUCUCAGUCUCGCAAAAUGCUGGUAGAACCCUUCGCCCGCCAGUCCGACGACUCUCUCUCCAGCAGAAACAGUCAGAUGCUAUCUUAGGACUUGUGUUCUGCGAGGGAUGGAAUGAUUCGGAGCUAUAGGGGAACCUGCGUCCGUCCUCUCCUCUGGGGCACGGUACUACGUUACGCCGAUGCGUCUCUCCCAAUUAUCCAGUUCCCGAUUCUCCGUCUCGUCGUGUCGGCGAGGAGAGGGAGGGCAGGGCGUGACUGGAUUUGUCUCACGGAGAGAAAAAAGUAUCUUUUCUAGACGAAAAAUGAGACCUCUUCCUCGCGGUUACUUCCUCGCGCCGCUACUUUCGUCCCCGGUCUCUAAACGUGCAUCGGUCCAGCCCUCAUUGAUUGGACCUUGCGAUGUGAUCCAGAUUCCGAAGUAGUCGUCCGGAUGGGACUACUGAUAUUCCAAGACGAUCAAUGUCUUUAAACUCUCUCUAUCCUCUUUCUUCACCACCUCUGUACCUGUCGUCCUCGUCAUUAAGUGUAGGUACCAGGAGGGAAGGAUUAGACAGAACUGGGGUUGAGAACUAGGAAUUCCACCACUUUUGGAUUCGUAGGUCGAGGAGUCGCAUCGGUCUAGAGGCAGGUACGGCUUUUGCUUAGUCUGGUUGAACACGAAAAUGAUGACGAUCAAUAAACGUUAAGCAGUUGUCUGUUGCUUACGGUGAUUCAGCCAUCAAUUUUGUGAUGCUCGCGGGUCUCCGGAGCCGGAGAGGAAGAAGAGUGAUUUCUUGUUUUGCAUCGGCGGAUGAAGACGCCAUGAGAAGCCUCGGCCUCGUGAAUACGGCGUUGCGUCCCACAUCAAGGUGGUGAUACAAUCGUGGCCUUUUUCUUUUUCCACUUUUUUCCCACGGCUGAAUGGUGAAUGAAAAUUGAAGAUGCACAUAAUUUUGAGUCUGCACUUUCGUUUGCGCGUUUGUCAUAUUAUUAGUUAAAACUGUACUUCUUUUUUAGAUCUCAUGUAUCGGGUAUCUACCAGUCUAAACGGUAAUGGUCUUACAGAAGGAACGCAAUGAAUGUUAAUGUGAGGUAAUGUUUAGGAUCAGUUUGAUCCUAGACUAGAGACGGGGAUUUCUAAUCAUUAAAAUUUUCACACGCAUUCACUGGCUUUCUCUGAACAGUAUUCAUUCACUGCGCCUUGUUUACCGAUAUGUAUGCUGGAUUUCCCCUCAUGCCCCGCAUCUCUGAGAUAUCCUUCCCCCCACAGAAUCGCAUUCUCAGUACUCCACAACGGCUGUGACCAUUGCUCUUCGUGAUGGCAGAAAUCAAGGGUCGGCUUGAGUUUUCCUCAUUCAGAUGUUCCAUUCUUAUGAGCAAUUGAGCCCUCUCCUGUCUAGUCGUCGCUCCCUCCUUUAAUCAGAGCAGUGAUGGCAGCCCUGUCCACGGUUUGAACCUUGUCUAACCGGCAGGGGUAUACCCCUCUCGGGGGCCUUCAAAUAUCUAGAUUUAUGGUGCACCAUUGUGUUAGAUGAAGGCGUCUGAAGUGGUGUACGGCAUGGCCCCGUGAUUUUCUGUGCAGGUGUGCAGCUCGUGGCGGGCCAUCUCCCAAUCCGAGCUCCUCUGGCAGAGCCUAACUCGGCGCGUCUGGUCGCGCGAGCGGCGGCGCCUCCUGACAUGGCGGGCCGAGUACGCCCACUGCCACCGCACGGGCCGAAAUUUCCGGCUGCGACACUGCGUGCACUCCACCGUCUUCAUCGACCCCACGCUGGCCUGUCGACGGCUCUCCCUCUCGGACCGCCACCUCGCCGCCGGCUUCCUCGACGGCUCCGUGCGCCUCUUCGACCUCUCCACCGCCGACCUGGUGGCUACCUACCUUCCCCACCCCGGAAGGGACAUCCUCGGCAGCUUCUCCCAGUCCAUCUCCGGCGUCCUCCUCGACCGGGCCUCGCGGCUUGUCUACGCCUCCCAGGACGGCGACAUACACGUCGCCUCCACCCUCAACGGCGCGGUGCACGCCGCGCGGCGCGUGCGGGUGGGCAACGCCGUGGAGGACGGCACGCUGGUGGACUUCGCGGGCUGCGACCGGUGGUGGGUGGGCCUCUUCGCCGGCGUCCCAGGGCGAUCGCUCCACGUCUGGGACGGCGACACGGAGGAGCUCGCCUUCGUGGGCGGGUCGCUGACCGAUCCCGACGCGGUCAUCGGGUGGCACAUGUUCACCGAUUCGGGAGGGCCAGUGGGGCGGGUCCGAUUCUCCGACCCGGCGACCAUUGUCGGCUGCACCGGCUCCAGAUUGCAGGUCCUCAGUCUGGACGACCCGGAGGUCGUCCUCGCCGAGCACGGCUUCCGGCGCGGUGCCGCCGUGGAGGCGGUGGACGCCUGCGACGGGCGCGUGAUGGUGGUCAACGGCCAAGGGAUAGCGAAGGUGAGCGCGGCGCGUACGCUGGAGGAGGUGUGCCGGUUUAACACGAUAAGGAGGCGGCCGGCCGGUGUGCAGCAGCAGGCACCGGUGGGGGAGAGGCCAGUGGGCUGCAUGAACUGGGGCUACGCCGUCGUGUGCGGCCCCGACGGCGGCGUCAGGCUCUGGGAUGCUCUCACCGGGGAGUACCUGUACACGUUUAGGGAAAGAAUCGCGGGCAGCGCCGGCGCCGUCGCAUCCGACGACCGGCGCGUGGCCGUCUGGUGCGGCGAGACGGGCCUCCACCUUUGGGACUUUGGCCAGUUGUAG